UCUGACGAGACCGCGGAGGCUCACACGACGACGGGCACAGAGGAAGAAGCUACCGCUGCUACCGCCGCCAUGUUGUUUCAGUCUGACACUGAGAAGUAGCUAGACUCGGAGCAGCUCGGCUCUGCUCGGCUCUGCUCGGUUUGUUUUCAUCCCGCCCUCCUGCGAACGGAGCGAGAUGAAAAGCGAAUCCCGAGGCGACUGGAGUUUUCAGUAUCGGACAGAGAAGACCGGGAUCCGCUCAAGACCAGGACCUCACACAGAACCGGGACCUGCUCAAGAUCAGGAUUUCACACAGAAUCUGGACCCGCUCAAGAGCAGGACCCCGCUCUGUUUAAGAACCAGGACCCGGAGUGGUGCUCAGUCGCCUCAGGUCUCAGUCACCGGGCAGUUGGACGCAGCGCAGCCGGGUUGCGGUGCGCUCCCGGCGGCUCCAGCUCCACCUGCGUCCCGCUGACAUGUACCAGGUCCAGGGCAAAGGUGAGAGGGUCGUUGCCAUGGUGCUGAAGGAGCUUCCUGGUAAAAAGACGUCCAGUGAAGGAAACACCCUCCUCACCGUGACAACCAAGUUGGGUGGUGAACAGCAGGAGAGUCGCCCCCUGCUGAGUCCUUCCAUCGACGACUUCCUGUCAGAGAGUCGGAGCGACGCCCCCUCCUCCUCCUCUGCCUGCCCCCCCACCUCCAACACAGCAGGCGUGUCCUCUCUGGACCUGGUCGACCUCAGUGAGCCAGGACAUAGCAGUGGGUGGAGUCACAAGGAGCGGAGGCGGAGCCCUCUGAGGAGGAAGGGCAGCUCGAUGAGUCCUCGACGCCGGGUGACACUUGAGGACACAGAGCUGAUCAGGGUGGAGGCGGAGCAUCUGGACUCAGUCAGUCUGUCGCCUCCUCUGGACCACUGGGACGAGGUGGACGGAGGACGCACGAGGACACCUGAGAAGAGAUGCUCCUCCCACCACUCGUCCAGUGAACUGCUGUGGUCUGCAGACUUUAAAACAGAUGCUCUGAGCAAGACCUUUGACCUCCACGAUGACCUGGUCUUUAAGACGUCACCACAGGAGUCUGCGGCGUUCAAACAUCGCAGACAGACUCGUUCACGUCUGACCAGAAACGAAUCUCUGGAGGACGAGUUUGUGAGAGCAAAGGCUGCUGUGGAGUCAGACACUGAGUUCUGGGAUAAGAUGCAGGCAGAGUGGGAGGAGCUUGCUCGAAGGAAUUGGCUCGAGGAGUCUGAGGAUCAGCAGCCGAUCCCGCCCACAGUCUCACCUGUGGAGAAGGUGUACCACUUUAACACAGAUAACCCGUACAGGGAGUGGCCUAAUGCUUUUGCCGAGGGUCAGGAGAAAUCACGAGAAGGAGACCUGAACGCUGCUGUGCUGCUGCUGGAGGCGGCCAUUUUACAGGACCCUCAGGACCAUGAGGCCUGGCAGCUUCUGGGAAAAACUCUGGCUGAGAACGAGAACGAGCAGGCGGCCAUCACGUCUCUGCAGAGGUGUGUGGAGCUCCACCCUAACAGCCUUGAGGCUCUCAUGGCGCUCGCCGUCAGCUUCACUAACAUCGGUCUCCAGCAGGAGGCAUGUGACUCCCUGCGGCGCUGGAUCAGUCACAACCCGCGGUACAAACAACUGGUCCUGGUCCACAGGAGUCCACUACAGGGUUCCCCAGCCACACCACGCAGGGACCCCCACACGCUCACACCACCCAGGGCGGAGCUCCAGGAUGUGCUCCUCCUCUUUCAGGAAGCGUCUCAGGAGAACAUAGACUCUGUGGAUCCAGACCUUCAGACUGGACUCGGUGUCCUCUUCAACCUCAGCUCUGACUUCAACAAAGCAGUGGCAGCGUUUACUGCGGCGCUGAGCGUCAGACCCCAGGACUACCUGCUGUGGAACCGUCUUGGGGCGACACUGGCAAACGGGAACCGCAGCGAGGAGGCGGUGGAGGCAUACACGCGAGCUCUGGAGCUCCAGCCCGGAUUCAUCCGGUCCAGGUACAACCUGGGAAUCAGCUGCAUGAACCUGGGGGCGCACAGGGAGGCGGUCAGUAACUUCCUAACAGCCCUGAACCAGCAGAGGCGGAGUCAGCUCUGCAGCCACCAGCAGAUGUCGGCCAACAUCUGGGCUGCUCUGCGCGUCGCCGUCUCCAUGAUGGACCAACCCGAGCUGUUCCAGGCCGCCAACAGCGGGGACCUGGACCUGCUGAUGCGGGCCUUCGACGGGGGCGACGUGUGACAGUGGGCGGGGCCACAGGCGGUGGAGAUGAAGAGCACAACCCUUUAAUGACACCACUCAUAAAUUUAAAGCCAUAAAACUUCACAGCACCUUUAGCCACGCCCAGCAGUGAUGUCAUAGUGUAUGACCCACCUGCAGCACAGACCACUUCCUGUUGUUUGCACCAUGUCAACAGAAUUAUUUCACAAAGUCCAGAAAGUGCACUGAUGACUUUUAUUGUGAAAGGGUUGAGUUUUGUGGAAAAAGAAAGCAAUAUUCAUGGCAGUGUUUGGUUGUAAUGUACAACAUCACCACUAGAUGUCCCCAAACCCUCAACCACUGAAGCUGCUACUGAUGUUCUUCAUCACCUGCAGACAGGAAGCUCACCUGCACUGAUUUACCAAAAUAUGUCAGUGUUUUGCUUCCUGCAGGUGAAGAGAGGAACAGCAACUGAGUCAAGUUUUUGGUUUUAUUUGGAAAGUUCCGUUUUAUUUGACAGUCUGUUCUUUAUUUUGAAAGACUGGUUUUAUUUUGAUGGUCUUUUUUGUUUUGGAAAUGUUCUUUUAUUGUGAAGGUUUGUUGAAGGUUUUUCUGUGUCCUGCUUCCUGUCAUAUCUAUAUACGUAUGUUUAUAGAUAGAUAGAUAUAAAAGCACAUUUUAACAUCUGUGUGAACAUGAUCAAUGAAUGUAUUGAUCUCAGAUUAUUGAUCUGAUCAUUUCAGGUUUGUAAACGAGUGAUCAUUUUAUCUAAACAUAUAAAGUAUAUUUUAUGUAUAUAUGUUUAAGGUACAGAAGAUGUAACAGAACAUAAUGUGUCUCAUAUAAUGUAGAACAUAAGGAUCAUGUAUAAUAUACGGAACAUGUAUGACAUAGAACAUAAACAUGUACCAAUAGAACAUACACAUGUAACAUACACAACAUACACAUGUGACACACAACAUACACAACAUACAGAAUGUAAACAUGUAACAUACACAACAUAAACAACAUGUAACAAUAGAACAUAUGAAUGUAACAUACAGAACACACAUGUGACAUAUAGAGCAUACACAUGUGACAUAUAGAACAUACACAUGGGACAUAGAACAUACACAUGUAACAUACAGAACAUACACAUGUGACAGAACAUACACGUUACAUACAGAACAUACCCAAGUAACAUAGAACAUACAUAACACAAACUCCAUGUAACAUACAGAACAUAAACAACAUGUAACAUAGAACAUACACAUGUAACAUACACAACAUACACAUGUGACAUAUAGAACAUACACGUUACAUACAGAACAUACCCAUGUAACAUAGAACAUACACAUGCAACAUACAUAACACAAACUCCAUGUAACAUACAGAACAUAAACAUGUAACAGAACAUACACAUGUAACAUACAUAACACAAACAACAUGUAACAUAUAGAACAUACACAUGUCACAUAAACAUAUAACACACAGAACAUAGACAUGUAACAUAUAGAACCUAAACAUAUAACAUAUAGAACAUAAACAUAUAACCUACAGAACGUACACUUGAAACAUAGAACAUAAAGAACAUAAACAUGUAACAUAUAGAGCAUACACAUGUAACAUAGAACAUAAACAACAUGUAACAUAUAGAACAUACACAUGUAACAUAUAGAACAUAAACAUGUAACAUAUAGAGCAUACACAUGUAACAUAGAACAUACAGAACAAACAACAUGUAACAUAUAGAGCAUACGCAUGUAACAUAUAGAACACAAACAUGUAACAUAUAGAACAUACACAUGUAACAUAUAUAACUUAAACAUAGAACAUAAACAUGUAACUUAUAGAACAUACACGUGUAACAUAGAACAUAAACAUAUAACAUACAGAACAUAAACAACAUGUAACAUAGAACAUACCAAUGUAACAUACAGAACAUAAACAGCAUGUAACAUACAGAACAUACACAUACAACAUAUACUGUAGAACAUGUAUAAUAUGGAGAACAUGUGUGACAUAUAGAACAUAUAUUGUUAUUAAAUCCAUACGUUACAAUCAGACUGA